CUCUAGGCGGCGCCCUUACUCAGGCAAGCGGGAGGGUGUGGUCGCAUUUUUGGCGCGGAGCUCGGGGGCGUGGCGUUGGUAUUCUUUACUGCGUGGUGAGCGGAGAUCACUUCAUCCGGAGCGGAGCGGAGAGCGAAGAGAACGAGAAAUGUCUGAACCUCCAUCUAAGAGAAAGCUGCUUGACAAUGGAAGUAGCUCUGCUGCUGGGUCAUCCAGACAGAGCAUUUCUGGAGAUGACGAUAGCUACAGUGGAUCUACCAUUAGUCAGCUGUCAGCAGGUGAUGGCAGAACUGUGGUGGCGGAGAGAGGCCGGCGACUCUCACGCAACCUUCAGGAUUUGGGGGUCUACACUCGACAGACCAUGGCCCAUGUGGUUGAUCGUAAAACAGGAUCAAGUGGAUCUCCAGUGAAGCUUCUAUCAAACUUAUUUGCGCUGGGAUUUCCCAAAGAGUGGCAGUUAUUUCAAUACCACGUGGAUUACAAGCCUUCCAUUGCCUCAAUUAGAAUGAAAGUGGCUUUGCUCUAUACUCAUAAAGACGUUAUCGGCCAGAGCCAUGCAUUCGAUGGAGCCAUGCUUUACCUGUCCCGUAAGCUCCAAGAUAAGGUUACAGAACUCACCAGUACAACAAAACAUGGAGAAGAAGUGAAGAUAACUCUGACACUGACAAGUAUUCUGCCCGCAGGGUCUCCAACCUGCAUCCAGUUCUUUGGGGUCCUUUUCAAGAGGAUCUUUAGAAGCCUUAACAUGUACCAAGUGGGACGCAAUUACUACAAUCCUUCCAAUCCAGUGGAAAUUCCUCAGCACAAGUUGAUGCUGUGGCCUGGAUUUUCAAUAUCCAUCAUGCAUCUGGAAAAUCAGUUAACUCUGAGUGCAGAUAUCAGCCACAAAGUCCUGCGUAAUGAAACGGUCCUGAAUUUCAUGACUGACCUUUACUCAAAGGUACCGGAAGAAAGGUUCACAGAGGCCUGCGAAAAAGAGUUCCUGGGGAUGAUUGUGUUAACCAGGUACAACAAUAAAACUUAUAGGGUCGAUGACAUUGAUUGGAACACCAAGCCAUCAGACACAUUCCCAAAGAAGGACGGCAGUGUGAUUACGUAUGUGGACUAUUAUAAACAGCAAUACAAUCUAGAGCUGACUGAUUUAUUCCAACCCAUGCUGGUCAGUACCAUGAAAGUUAAGAAGAAGGAUGCAACUGAUGUUCCCCGCGCUGUUCACCUGAUUCCAGAACUGUGCUACCUUACUGGACUGUCAACCCGCGCCCUUACUGACUUCCGUCUGAUGAAGGACCUGGCCAUGGAGACUCAAGUAAACCCAGAACGCAGACAGCAGAGAUUGCAGAGCCUGGCGAGUAACAUUGAAGGAUGUCCGGCAGCAAGUUUGGAAAUGAAAAAGUGGGGAAUGCGAUUGGAGAAGCAAAUUUCACUCACUGGUCGUGUGAUUCCCCCAGAAAGGAUUUGUAUGAGAGACAAUGUAUGUCAACCUAUGUCAGCUGCUGACUGGGGUCGUGAUACUCGUGAUUCAAGGAUGAUCACUGCAGAACCCCUGAACAACUGGCUGCUGCUUUUCAGCCGUCGCAGUGAAGACGUAGUUGAGAACUUGGUCUACAACCUGCAGAAGGUUGGCAGCGGAAUGGGCUUCAGUAUUGAACAACCCAAAAUAGUAAAAGUAGAUGAAAGCACAGCUGCCUUUACACGUGCUCUGCAACAACUUGUGCAUCAAGAUCUUCAAAUGGUGUUUUGCAUUCUGCCAUCUAUCUCAAAAGAUAAUUAUGAUUCUAUUAAGAAGUUUCUGAGCGUGGAGAUGCCCAUUCCCAGCCAGUGUGUGCAGAGCCGUACACUGAGCAAACAACACAUGCUAAUGAGCAUUGCCAGCAAAAUCGCCAUGCAAAUGAUCUGCAAGAUGGGAGGGGAGCUGUGGGCUGUGGAGAUCCCUCUCAAGUCCCUGAUGGUGGUCGGGAUAGAUGUCAGCAAAGAUGCAAUGGAUAAAUCUCGAUCAGUUGUUGGGUUUGUGGCCAGCACCAAUGCCAGGCUCACAAAGUGGUUUUCACGAUGUAUCAUUCAGAAAACAUCAACAAAUUUUGCUGAUUGCUUGACAGUGUGCAUGCAAGGUGCCAUUGAAAAGUGGAAGAAAAACAAUAAUGAUUGGCCUAGCCGCAUUAUUAUUUAUCGUGAUGGAGUUGGAGAUGGACAGUUACAGAUGGUUGUGGAUUAUGAGAUCCCUCAACUUCUGGCAUGCUUUACGCAAUUUCUAAAGACCUACAGCCCUAAAAUGACAUUUGUCGUAGUGAGGAAGAGAUGCACCACUAGGUUCUUCAGUGAAGCUGGCCGAGGGCUGCAGAACCCACCAUUGGGCACAGUGGUUGACAGUGUGGCUACAAGACGUGAAUGGUAUGACUUUUUCCUGAUAAGUCAAAAUGCCCGCCAGGGUACAGUAAACCCUACAUAUUACAACGUGCUUUAUGACUCCAACUGUCUUAAACCCGAUCACCUGCAACGUCUGACAUACAAGCUUUGUCAUCUGUACUACAACUGGCCAGGGGUGGUUCGGGUGCCUGCACCAUGCCAGUAUGCCUAUAAACUCACCUCCCUGGUCGGGCAAAGUAUUCAUCGGGAGCCAAGCAUAGAGCUUUCUAAUACUCUGUUUUACCUGUGAGCUCUCAACUGGUGAUCUUCCAUACUAACAGCUUUUUGCAUACUUUUUGGUGUCAGUUAAAUGUUAUUGUUGUAUGGCGUCACCUUUAGAAAUCCUUGCUGAUUUAUACUACAGCUUGUAUUGCAAAUAUAUCUAACAGUCAUUAUGAAGAGAGCUAGAUCAUUCCACUAAAUGACAGGUUAUAGCUUUAUCUCUGUGUAUUUAGAACAAAGAUUUUUUUAAAAAAUGUUUUUAUAGUACAAUUUUACUAGUUGUUUAAUAAAAGUUUACUGUUUACACUUUCA